CGCCGUGCUCUCCGUCGGAGCUUCCGUCGUCGUCCACGGCGGAUAUCGGCUGGUAGUAUUCCGGCGCGUCAUCGGAAUUCGCGUCCGAGUCGCUUCCGUUUCCAUUAUCUACGCACACCGAAACGAAGAGUGUGUGAAGGAGAGUGUGUGUUGAAGUUGAAGCGGGAAACAAUGGCAAUUCCCAUACUGAGGGCUGCAAUGAUUUCUCAUUUUCAAUUUCAACCACUAAUUCAUUCCAUAUCUGCUAUUGAUGAAACCGCUAAGAGGAGGAAGAGAGUGGUGUUCUCUUCUUCCUCUUCAGAGCUUAACCCUGUAAUUCGGUCAGAGAUGUCAUUUUGUGUUGGGACUUGCCUCAUUCCACAUCCAAAAAAGGUUAACACAGGUGGGGAAGAUGCUUUCUUUGUGAGCAAUUAUAAUGGAGGAGUUAUUGCUGUUGCUGAUGGUGUUUCCGGUUGGGCUGAAGAAGACGUGGACCCGUCGUUGUUCCCUCGGGAAUUGCUUGCUAAUGCUUCCAAUUUCGUAGGAGAUGAGGAGGUGAACUAUGAUCCUCGAAUUCUUUUAAGGAAGGCACAUGCUGCUACUUCCUCUACAGGUUCAGCCACUGUUAUCAUUGCUAUGCUGGAGAAGAAUGGGACUCUGAAGAUUGCCAAUGUUGGGGACUGUGGAUUAAAAGUCAUUCGUAAUGGUCAUGUAAUUUUUUCCACUUCUCCGCAAGAACACUACUUUGACUGUCCAUUCCAACUAAGCUCUGAGAGGGUUGGCCAAACAUACCUUGAUGCAGCGGUAAGCAAUGUGGAGUUGAUAGAAGGAGACACCAUUGUCAUGGGAUCUGACGGGCUUUUUGAUAAUGUUUUUGACCAUGAAAUUAUUCCAACCAUUGUUAGAUACAAAGAUGUUGCUGAGGCUGCAAAGGCAUUAGCUAACUUGGCAAGCAGUCAUGCAAUGGAUUCAAAUUUUGACUCUCCCUAUUCGUUGGAGGCCAGGUCUAGGGGUUUUGAACCCCCCUUAUGGAAGAAGAUUCUUGGAAUGAAGCUAACAGGUGGAAAGCUUGAUGAUAUUACUGUAUUAGUUGGUCAAGUUGUGAGUUCAUGAGAUUUGCUAUAUAUCCAUGCAUAUGAAAGGAGACAAAGUCCUGAUUCGAUUGCUGAGAUCACAAGAGCAGGAGUUGCUAUACUGCGGCAACAAAAUUUUGGUGAUGCUCUGAGAAAUAAGGGUUUAUUUAUUCAUGGAAGUGCUCCUGCUUUGCCAUGAAGCCGUUGUGCUUCAUGCAUUGAGAAAGACUGUCUGAUAUAUUCAUUGAAAAUAUACUUGUUUAUGAAAUGUUAAAUCUAUGAAUUGUCUUUGAUACA